CAGAACCAUCAGACACAGUCAAACAGUCAAACAGUCAAACCAAAAUAAGCUAUCCCAGUUCUCUUCAAUUAUCCUCCUCAUCUUCUUCACUUACUACGCACAUAUCAGAGUAUUUUCUUGAGCCGCAACCAUCUGCGCAGGGAAUGAAGCUGCCGAUGAGAAGAACCACCCGUCUCCGCACAGCGGCACUUUGCAAUAUCCUGGCUUUUCUUGCCUCCGCGCAUACAAUUACAGCCGCGCCUCCACCUGCUGCCCCGUCUGCCAUGGUAGACAACUUUAACCAUCCUCAUCCUCAUCCUCAUUCUCAUCCUCAUCAUCAGCAGCAGCAGCAGCAGCAGCAGCAGCAUUCCUCAUUCUCAUCUCCUUCCGCAUUCAUGACAUCCUCUUCCCCUUCCUCUUCUUCGUUGGUAGUGGUAGCUACACCGCAACCUCCACCAAGUCCGCCCGGUUCGCCGCCUCCGAAUUUCCCGCCCCCGUCUCCACCCCCGACGCCCCCGCCGUCUCACCAGCGGCCACAACGGGUGCCUACGCAAGAGGACGUACUGCUUUUCCUGGGAAAGACGUUUGACGAGCGCUCCUCAAGCGUAUUUGAGUUUGAGUUUGACUUUGACCCUAACUCCGAGUCGAAAUCCAAAUCCAAGACCAUGUCCAACACGUCCUUGAAGCCAAAGCCAAAGCCACAUAUUCCCCGGCAACUCGUGGUGCCGAAUGUGAUGAUACCCGACCUUGCAGGAAAUCCGACACGGCCAGAGUCAGAGUCAUCCGCUGCUUUGCGCACAUUGGCUUCUACGUCCAUAGUAGUACCUGCUGCGCCAGCAAUAACAGAAGCGAAAGCAACGACAGCAUCAACAACAAAAAGGACAAAAUCAGGAUGCACAUCGACAUUAAUACAAUUUCCUCAUUUCGGCAUGCUGGGCGCUGGAUAUCGAGGUCUCGCCAGUCACACUGACAACCACAUCCACGACCACACUUCCGACCACACCCCAAACAACACUCCCAACCACAACCACGGAAGCAAGGGCAAGGGUAAGGGAAAUGCAACUGGAACCAACACGACGAAAAGCGGAGCAAAAAGUACAAAAACGAGUACAACAUACCUAUCUACUACGACGACAACAAGAUCGGUAGAUUGCGGAGGGUGUUCUGAAAUUGCGAUUCUUCAACUAGGAGGUGUAGGACCGGUCAUUGUACCCGCCCUGACGCCCGUGUGGGAUGAUGAUGAUGAUGUUACCGUUACUCUGCCGGUGGAGACUAUUACGAUGACAGCUUGUGCUGCAUGAUAUAUAUAUAUAUAUAUAUAUUCCAAUCGCGUACGGGGAUGCAUCAAAAAUAAAGGGAAAAAUUUUUUUUUUUAAAAGACUUUAUAGUUUAUAGAAGUCGUGUAUAGAAUUACGGCGACUUGGACAGUCCAUUCUAAAUAUACCUAGUAUUGACAACUCGCAAGUACUCGCACGGUGUGCCAGAUUCUGCAACUAACGCAGAAGGUUUAAGAUUAGUACACAAGGUACCUAGAUCAAUG